CCCGGGAGCUCCGGGGCUCCUCCCGCGGGCGGCGGCACCGGCAGCGCGGGGAUGGCGAGCGGGGGCUGCGGGGGGCGGCCGGGGCUGCGCCGGGGACCACCGGGGCUGUCCCGGUGGCUACCGUGGGUAUCCCUAUGGCUACCGGGGCUCUGCCGGUGGCUACCGGGGCUGUCUCGGGGGCUACCGGGGCUGUCCUUGUGGCUACCGGGGCUCUGCCUGUGGUUACCGGCGCUGUCCCUGUGGCUGCCGUGGGUGUCCCUGUGGCUACCGGCGCUGUCCCCGUGGCCACCGGCGGCCGCCGCGUUCAACCUGGACGGGAGCAGCCCGGUGCUGAAGGACGGCGAGCGGGGCAGCCUCUUCGGGGCGGCCGUGGCGCUGCACCGGCAGCUGAGCCCCGAGCCCCGGGCGUGGCUGCUGGUGGGAGCCCCCCAGGCGCUGGCACUGCCCGGCCAGGGCGCCAACCGCACCGGGGGUCUCUUCGCCUGCCCGCUGACCACCGAGCUCUCGGACUGCUGGCGGGUGCCCAUCGAUGAGGGAGCGGACCCGGAGCGCGAGAGCAAAGAGAACCAGUGGCUGGGGGUCAGCGUCAAGAGCCAAGGGCCGGGCGGCAAGAUCGUGACCUGCGCGCACCGGUACGAGGUGCGGCACCGCGUGCGGCAGCCGCUGGAGACGCGGGACGUGAUCGGGCGCUGCUUCGUGCUGAGCCAGGACCUGCGGCUGCGGGACGAGCUGGACGGCGGCGAGUGGAAGUUCUGCGAGGGGCGACCCCCGGGCCACGAGCGCUUCGGCACCUGCCAGCAGGGCCUGGCGGCCGCCUUCAGCCCCGACCGCCGCUACGUGCUGCUCGGCGCCCCCGGCACCUACAACUGGAAGGGCACGGUGCGCCUGGAGCAGCUGCGGCAGAGCUCGCUGGACCUGCUGCGCGCGGACUCCGGCCCGUUCGAGGCGGGGGGCGAGAAGGAGCAGGACCCCUCCCAGAUCCCCGUGCCCGCCAACAGCUACUUCGGGUUCUCGGUGGACUCCGGGCCGGGGGUGACACGGCGACACCAGCUGAGCUUUGUCACGGGCGCGCCCCGCGCCAACCACACGGGCGCCGUUGUCAUCCUGCGGCGCGACAGCGCCAGCCGCCUGGUGGCCGAGGCCGUGCUGGGCGGCCAGCAGCUGAGCUCGGCCUUCGGCCACGCGCUGGCCCUGCUGGACCUCAACAGCGACGGGUGCGCCCUGCCACUGGGACACUGUGUCACCUGGGUCACUGGGACACUGUCACUGUCACUGUCACUGUCACUGGGACACUGUCACUGGGACACUGGACCCCUGGGGAGGGGUCUGGCCCCCCAAAUCCCCCCAAAUUUCCCCCCAGAUUUGGCCGUGGGGGCUCCUUUCGACGGCGCGGGCAAAGUUUUCAUUUACCACGGCAGCGCCCUGGGCAUCGUCACCCGCCCGGCGCAGGUCCUGGACGGGGAGGCCGUGGGGGUCUCGGCCUUUGGCUACUCGCUCUCGGGGGGGCUGGACGUGGACGGGAACCUGCACCCCGACCUGCUCGUGGGGUCCCUGUCCGACACCGUGGUGCUCUACAGCCCGGUGACCCCCGGCCCCUCCAGCCUGGAGGUUCGGGCGUGCUUCAGCUACACCGCGAGCCCGGGCAGCGACAGCCCCCCGCUGGAGCUGCAGCUGCUGCUGGAGGCGGACUCGGAGCGCCGGGGCCGGGGGCUGCAGCCCCGGGGGUCGUUCCCGGCGCGGGGCCCGGCCGAGCCCGAGCACCGCCUGGGGACCCGCCUGGAGCUGCCGCGGCCGGGAGAGCGCCGCUGCGUGCCCGCCACCUUCCGCCUGCACGACGACAUCCGGGACAAGCUGCGGCCGCUGGAUGUCACCCUGGCCUUCGGCAUCGCGGGGACGCGCGGGUGGCACCGGGGGGGCCGGGGGACAGCGCUGCCCCCCCUGGCCCCCGCGCUCAGCCCGCGCCAGCCCAGCACGCUGCGCACCGAGGUGCAUUUCCUGCGCCAGGGCUGCGGCGAUGACAAAAUCUGCCAGAGCCACCUGGAGCUGCGGCCGCGCUUCUGCGCGCGCCUGGGCGACAGCGACUUCCUGCCCCUGCCCCGGGACGAGGAUGGCACUGCCAUCUUCGCCGUGAGUGACCAGAAGGACGUGGCGCUGGAGGUGCAGGUGACCAACGAGCCCUCGGACCCCGCGCAGCCGCACCGGGACGGGGACGAUGCCCACCAGGCCCUGCUCGUGGCCACCUUCCCCCCGGAGCUGCCCUACGCCGCCAUGAGGGCCGAGGAGCCCGCGGGCACCGGGGUGGGCACGGGGACGGGGGUGCGGCUCUUCCUCAUCCUCAGCACCUCGGGCAUCUCCAUCCACACCACGGACCUGGAGGUGCAGCUGGAGCUGUCCACGACCAGCGAGCAGCCGGGGCUGGAGCCGGUGGUCGCCCGCGCCCGCGUGGUCAUCGAGCUGCCCCUGGCCGUGACCGGCGUGGCCGUGCCCCCCCGGCUGUUUUUUGGGGGGCAGGUGCUGGGGGAGAGCGCGGUGAAGAGGGAGAGCCAGGUGGGCAGCGCCGUCCGCUUCGAGGUCACGGUGUCGCAGCGGGGGCCGGUGCUGAAGACCCCCGGCUCGGCCGCGCUGACGGUGCAGUGGCCGCUGGAGCUGCCCAACGGGAAGUGGCUCCUGUACCCCCUGAGCCUGGAGAUGGGGACCCCCCCCGUGCCCUGCAGCCCCCCCGCCAACCCCCUGCGCCUCGCCCUGGAGCGGCCGGGCCGGGGGGACCCCCCCUCAGAGCCCCCCGCCCGCUCGUGGUGGGUGCCCACUGGGAGGAGGAGGAGGAACGUGACCCUGAUGUCGGUGUCCCUGCACCUGGACCCGGGCGUGGCCGUCACCGCCGUCCCCUGGUGGGUGCUGCCGCUGGCGGUGCUGCUGGGGCUGCUGCUGCUGGCGCUGCUCGUGCUGGGGCUCUGGAAGCUGGGGUUUUUCCGGCGGGCGGCGCCGCCGCCGGCCGUGCCGCGGUUCCGGGCCGUGCGCAUCCCGCGGGAGCAGCGGCCGCAGGCCCGCGAGGGCCGCACCGGCACCAUCCUGCGGCCGCAGUGGGCGGCCGGACCCGCGGACAGGGACGGGGACAGCGCCGCGCCCGGACCCGCCUGAGCGCCACCCAGCGACAGACGGACACGGCUGGACAGACGGACACGGCAUGGAUGGACGGACACGGCACGGACAGACAGACACGGCACGG